AUGAAGGUUACAGUUGUUUUCAACGAUCUGAUCUCGCUGCAAGAUGUGAGUGAAGAUCUGGAGUUGGAAAGUUUGAUGGCAUUGCUCAAGGAAGAAUGGCCAAGUCUGAUUGAGCUGGGGAAAGAUAAAAACUUUGUCCUUGCGAACACCAACCUGAAGAUUGCAGUGGUCCCUUCUGAAUUGAAGAAGAGUUUAAAGGUAGGGGUGUUUUUUUGUUUUGCUUUUAGGUAACAGUCCAUCGUCUGGCUGUUUCUUGGAGAAUAUUUGUUUUAUUUCCAGACUCUUGGCUUUAGUGAUGAUGAGUUGGUUUACUUGAUGGCUGUUCCAAAGACCGUUAUUCCUCAAGCUCCUACUCAACAACAUGUCCGGCAGCUUCCUCAAGCGUCUCAAUCGGGCCAGAUUGAUCUUAAAGGUCUAAUCGCGGCUAUCAAAGUGCCAAAGAAAGGAUCGUCUAGUCAAAAGUUGGGUCAGUCUUCGUCUUCUUCUGGCCCAGCCUCAAAAUCAACUGCUGAUAUUAAAGCGUUCUCAAAGAAGAUGUGGGAACAGUUGAAAGCGGAUCCUCAUGCGAUUCGUGGAUUCAAGUUAACAGCGCCUAGUAUCGCUAAUGCCUUUGAAACGUAUCCUAAUGACUUUGGUAAGAAAUUGAUUUCUUUGGAUCUUUUUUUGUAGUAUUCAUCCUCAUGAUUUAUAUUUGUUUUCAGAAAACUUCCACAAAGAAGUAGUAAUAAUGCUUGAGAAAAGGGACCGUUUGGUGGCUGCUCUAAAAGAUGAAACCAGUGCCGAGGCCCAAGAGUACAUUGCUCGGCAGAUUAAAAUUCAAAACAUCGAAGAUCAAUAUCAAUAUGCAUUGGAACAUCUCCCUGAAGCCUAUAUACCAGUUAAACUUCUUCAUAUCCACGUUAAAAUCAACGGAGUUGAAGUAUUGGCCAUGGUCGAUUCGGGUAAGUUAAUUUUAAAGGUCAAAUUUGAAAAGAUUUGAGCUUCUUUUAUUAUACUUGCCAUUUUAGGUGCCCAAAACUCUAUUAUCAAUCCUAGAAUUGCCAAGAAGUGCAAUAUCUAUGAGUAUGUGGACGAAAGAUUCUUUUCAAGGGCCAAUGGGAUUGGCGGAGACAGUAAAAUCAUCGGGAGAAUCCAUUCAUGUAGGUAUUUUGAUCCAAUUGAAGGUGUUCUUGAUUUAGGCAAGAUGCAGAUUGGAUCCUCGUUCAUUACUUGCCCAUUUGAUGUCCUAGAAGAACAGAAGGUGGAAAUUUUGCUCGGACUGUCAUUCUUGCGUCCAAAUGCAUGUAUAAUUGAUCUCCGAAGGAAUGUUUUGGUUCUUGGGGAUGAUAAUGAAGUGCCAUUUUUGGGUGAAGAACAAUAUAAAAAGGAAGUUACAAGACUGGGACAUUCAAAUCGUGAGUUUUUUGGCUGAUUUUUGGGAGUUAUUAUUGGUGAUAAGUAAUAUUUUUGAUAAUUUAGCUUAUGACCAUGAGGAAUCGCAAGAGGCCUCGGCUUCAGUAUCAGCACAGGCACCUGGCCCCAGCGAGGAAGUGGAUUCAGCCAAACUAGCGGAGUUAAUUUCGAUGGGAAUGGACCCAGAUAAGGCCACAAUUGCCUUGAAGAAGUAUAAAAAUGAUCUUCAACGAGCCAUUGAUUCCCUUUUUGAUGAACCCAUGGAUCAAUAA